AUGACAAAACAGGCAGGACAAUUUAAUGUUUAUCUAAGUGCUGCUCCAGCAGAUCUUGAACAAGAAUUUAAAACUUUGUUAACACCAGAGGCCAUAGAGUUUUUAGUUAAACUUAACCUUCAUUUCCAAGAUAAAGUAGAUGAUUUAUAUACUGCUAGGGUUGAGAGAAAGUUUGUGCAGAGAAAGACUGGAAAAAUACCAAAGUUUGUAGAAACUAAUUUCGCUAAUGAGAAUUGGAAGGUGUCUCCAGUCAAUCACAGACUUCAAAAUCGACAUCUGGAUCUUGGAGACGUCAGUCCAAGUGACUAUCUUCACUUCACCUCCUGCCUUAAAGCAAAUGUUCAAGGAGUGCAAGUCGAUUUUGACGACGGGCACUGUCCAACGUGGAAGAAUCAAAUAAUGGGCUUGUACAACGUUUAUCGCGCUGUUCACAAUGAUAUUCCAAACGUUCCGCAAAUAGCAAAUGCUCCGAUUCUUAUGCUUCGUCCAAGAGCUUGGAAUAUGAUAGAGCACAACAUGAGCAUCAAUGGCAGAGAAGUUCCGGGACCAUUGUUUGAUUUUGGUUUACUGAUAUUUCACAAUGGCUUGAUUCUGUCAGAAUGCAAUUCUGGGCCAUUUUUUUAUCUCUCUAAACUAGAAGGCGCGUGUGAGGCUAAACUCUGGAACGAAAUUUUCACUUGGAGCCAAUUGAAAUUACGGAUUCCAUACGGAACGAUCAAAGCUAGCGUUCUUAUCGAAAAUAUAUUAUCCUCGUUUGAGAUGGAUCAGAUUUUGUACGAACUGAGAGAUCACUCUCUAGGUUUGAACUGCGGAAUUUGGGAUUACGCAGCCUCGAUAAUUUCCAAGUUCGGCGACGAUUCAACUUUCUUGCUUCCAGAUAGAAAUAAAUAUGUCAAUAUGGGUAGACCGUUUUUGAAGAAAUAUAUGGACUUGGUCGUUCGAACUUGUCACAAAAGAAACGCGUAUGCGACUGGAGGAAUGACUGCCAAACUUUUACCAGACAAACAAUCCAAAAAUUAUUAUGAAACAGUAAAAAUUGUAUUGGGAGAUAAAUUAACGGAAAUACAGGCAGGAGUUGAUGGCUUUAUGAUCUAUGAUUUAGGACUGAUAGAAUUUAUUAACGAUCUCUGGAAAAAAUAUGGAGGCCCUUAUUCAAAUCAGCUGCAAUAUAAAGGAAAUACCGAGGAAAAGAUAACAGAAAAGGAUUUGUUAACACUGCCUAAGGGAGGAGUCACAGAAGAAGGAUUGAAGCAUAAUAUUACUGUAGCCAUAUUAUUCAUAUACAACUGGUUAUGUGGUCGGGGAGUUUUUGAAUUUGAAGGAGCUGUUGAGGAUUCUGCUACUGCUGAAAUUUCCAGAGCUCAAAUUUGGCAAUGGAUUAAGCACGGUGCUUUGAUGGAAAAUAAAAAUCAAUCUGUAACAAGGAGUCUUGUGUUUUCUGAGGCUUCAAACAUUUAUGAACAUUUGAUAAAUGAUUAUGGAUCUGAUAACUCGACAAAAACAAAACUUGCUAUUGCAUUUAACAUAUUUUUGGAUAUUGUAAAUCACAGAGACUUUCCAGAAUUUAUUACAACCUAUCUGAAUGAUGCCUAUAUUUUUAGGGCAUCGCAAGCUCAUCUGUAA